AUGACGACAGUUGUUGAUAGUAGCGAUGAAGAAGAGCCGAAAUCUGACAAAGAAAAGAAGACAUGCCCUCCACCUACAGUCACUGUAAAACCUUCGUGGUCAGUACAACAGAUACAAGAUGCUUUAUCAGAAUCGCCAUUUGCUAGUAUUCCAACCGAGAUUCUUAUUCGAAUCUUUCGAUUACUCUCGGUAUCUGAUCUGGGAAAUGUUGCAUUGGUGUGUCGAUCUUUUAAACUAACUGUUGAUCAUGAUGAAAUAUGGCAAUCGAAAUGCAAUACAUCGCAUAGAUUAUAUUCAAAAUCGUUCAAAGAAAUCUACAUGGACUGGAUCUAUGAAAAGUAUUUGCACAAUCAAGAAUUAAAGAAGACCGAAAAUGCUCGUGGACUUUAA